AUGUUGUUGGCGCUGUUCACUCGGUGGAUGUGGAUCUUGCUGGGGAAGAGCAGUGUUCUGUUGCUUCUGGAGGUCUCUCUGCAAGGGAGAGCUUUACCUCCCAUACGGUAUUCACACGCGGGGAUAUGCCCAAAUGACAUGAACCCCAACCUGUGGGUAGAUGCACAGAGCACUUGCAAGAGGGAAUGCGAAGCUGACCUGGAAUGCGAGACCUUUGAGAAGUGCUGUCCCAAUGUCUGUGGGACAAAGAGCUGUGUGGCGGCUCGGUACAUGGAUGUCAAGGGGAAGAAAGGGCCGGUGGGAAUGCCCAAAGAGGCAACCUGCGACCGUUUCAUGUGCAUCCAGCAAGGCUCAGAGUGCGACAUCUGGGACGGGCAGCCCGUGUGCAAGUGCAAGGACAGGUGUGAGAAGGAGCCGAGCUUCACCUGUGCCUCCGACGGGCUCACCUACUACAACAAGUGCUACAUGGAUGCAGAAGCUUGCAUCAAGGGCAUCACAUUGAACGUAGUCACCUGUCGAUACCACCUUACCUGGCCGAACACCAGCCCUAUCCCCCCAGAAACAACAGCUCGCCCUACUACCGCCUAUUCCGAGACAACUAUCAUCGAUAUCCUGCCGCCGGCUCUCGUGAACAACCCCGUCCAUCAGUCAGUCUAUGUGGGAGAGACCGUCAGCUUCCUCUGCGACGUUACAGGGAGGCCCAAGCCAGAAAUCACAUGGGAGAAGCAGGUCGAUGGGAAAGAAAAAGUCAUUAUGAAGCCAAAUCACGUCAGAGGGAAUGUUGUGGUCACCAACAUUGCCCAGCUGGUCAUCUACAACACCCAGCUUCAAGAUGCAGGCAUCUAUACCUGCACGGCCAAAAACAGCGGUGGCCUUCUCAGGGCUGAUUUCCCUUUGUCAGUCAUCAAAGGAGAACCCACAUCCAAAGAAGCUUCUCAGAACAAAACACACUUUCCAACUGAUGAGUGCCUGAAGCAACCAGACAGUGAAGACUGUGGAGAAGAGCAGACCAGGUGGUACUAUGAUGCAAAGAAAAACAACUGCUUUACUUUCAUUUACGGGAACUGUAACAGCAACCUCAACCACUUUGAGACCUAUGAGAACUGUAUGUUAACGUGCAUGAACGGCCCAAUCAACAUUUGCAAUCUGCCAGCCCUCCAAGGCCACUGCAAAGCCUAUGAGCCCAGGUGGGCCUAUAACAGCCUGACAAAGCAGUGCCAGUCUUUCAUUUACGGCGGGUGCGGAGGUAACGAGAACAACUUUGAGAGCCGGGAGGCAUGUGAAGAGAUGUGCCCUUUCCCGAAGAACACGCACUGCAAAGCUUGCAAGCCACGCCAGAAGCUGGUGACCAGCUUCUGCAAAAGCGACUUUGUUAUCCUGGGCCGCAUAACAGAACUGACCGAAGAUCAAGACUCAGGACAUGCCCUGGUGACAGUGGAGGAGAUUCUCAAAGAUGAAAAAAUGGGAUUAAAAUUCCUGGGGAAGGAACCACUAGAAAUCACGCUUUUGAACAUGGACUGGAGCUGCCCAUGUCCCAACAUGACCACAGUGGAUGGCCAGCUCAUCAUCAUGGGAGAUGUCCACAAUGGCAUGGCUGUCCUACAGCCAGACAGCUUUGUGGGGACCUCCAGCAUCCGGCGUGUACGGAAACUCCGCGAAGUCAUCCACAAGAAAACCUGUGAGCUUUUGAAAGAGUUCUUAGGAUUACAUUAA